UCACUGCAGCCAUUUUGGCGUCGUCCCAGGCCCGCGGGUUCCAAACCGAAACAGGAAGUGGGCUCGGAACCCUCGAAACCAGGCACAAGGGCUACCUUUCGCGCGCUCUAGCAACCCACCACUUGUGGGUCCCUCUGCCCCGGUCCUGCGUGUUACCGGACUCUCGCCCCUCCUCCCGCCCGGCGAACCCGUGAGAUCAUGUCGAACAUGGAGAAACACUUAUUUAACAUGAAGUUUGCUGCAAAAGAACUUAAUAGGAAUGCCAAGAGGUGUGAUAAGGAAGAAAAAGCUGAAAAGGCCAAGAUAAAAAAGGCCAUUCAGAAGGGCAAUACUGAAGUUGCAAGAAUACAUGCAGAAAAUGCAAUCCGUCAGAAAAACCAAGCAAUCAAUUUCUUGAGAAUGAGUGCUAGGGUUGAUGCUGUGGCAGCCAGAGUUCAAACUGCAGUAACCAUGGGCAAGGUGACAAAAUCCAUGGCAGGUGUUGUUAAAUCUAUGGAUGCUACAUUGAGGAGUAUGAACCUUGAGAAGAUUUCUGCCUUAAUGGACAAAUUUGAGCAUCAGUUUGAAACAUUGGAUGUUCAAACACAACAAAUGGAAGAUACAAUGAGUAGCACUACAACCCUAACAACACCACAGAACCAAGUGGAUAUGCUGCUGCAAGAAAUGGCAGAUGAAGCUGGGCUUGAUCUCAAUAUGGAGCUCCCCCAGGGUCAAACAGGCUCAGUUGGUGCAAGUGUUGCUUCUACAGAGCAGGAUGAACUGUCACAGAGGCUUGCUCGUCUUCGUGAUCAAGUGUAACUUAAGUGACUGGUGCUUCUGUUUCUUCCAUGUGUUUCUGAAACAUCAUUUGUGUGUGUUGACAUAGAUAAAUUACACUCCAGUUACAAAAAUACCAUACAUGCCGGAAUGUUUGAACAUUAUUUAUACAUGAUGUGUUCUUUUGCCUUGUGUAUUUCACAGUACAUUAAGAAAUUCCAAGGAAUUUCCACAUUGGAAGAUUUUAUAGUUCUGUAUAUUAUGUGUAAAAGUGUCAGGGUCAUAUUUUUGUAGAUGUCUUUAACAAAGCCAGCAUUAGUUUUAUAUAUAUUAUGCAUAUUCCUCAAACAUUAGAACAAACAUCUAGCAUGGAAGUACUACUUAAGUAAAGUAAU